CGCGAGGAGGCGCGAGGAGGCGCGAGGGGCGCUGGGCCCAAGGCCGCCCUGGCUGCAGGCCCUGCCCCGCCCCGCUCGCGGCACGCGCCGCUGCCCCGCGGCUCGCAGCCGCUUCCCCGCGCGGCUGCGCGCGGCAAGCAUACGGGACUGGGAUAUGACGCCCGGCCCGCCGGCGAGCCGCGGCGGAGGCCUCCAGGCCGCCCUGCCCCUCUCUGGCCAGCUCGCGCCCCUCGAGAUCGAGUCAGGGCCGCCCCUGGCGGGGCCCAGCGCCGGCGGCGGCUGCGCUGCGGCGCCCGCCGUUACGCUGCUGGCGGCCCUGCUCGGGCUGUGCGCCGGGUCCGAGGAGACGGGCAGGCGUUGCAUGGCCAGCAUCUUCCUCGAGGAGGCCCGGGUGUUUAACGAGGAGGGCGCCGAAUUUCCCGACGGCUGCGCCGACACGUGGACGUGCGUGUGGGACCCUGCGAAGUGCGACGCCACGGGCUUGUGCGAGGAGGCCUACACCCACGUCUACUACCUGUGGAGGCCGGCGGCGCUCUGGGGCCCGGCGGUGGCCCUUCCGUACGCCGCCUUUGCCGCGUGGUGCCUGUGGCGGCGCCGCAGCUUUCAGGUUGGGCUGCCGCUGCACCGGUGGACCAGGCGCUUCGGGGCCGGCGCGGGCACCGCAGCGGUCCUCUUCGCUCUGCUCCCAUGGUGCCUGAUGUGCCACGAGGCCAAGCCCGUGAAUCUGCUCCUCGACGGAUCCAUCCUGGUUGUCCUGGGCGCGCUCAAGCUCGUCUCCCAGGUCCUCGUCGCGCACAAGCUCGAGGAAGGCUACUGCUGGCGGCUGGCUCGGGCCGUCCGCGUGCUCUCGAUCGUGGCCCUGGCCAGCAUGAGUGUGCGACUGGUUAUUUUCGAUGCACCGAUGCAGCUGAACGGGGGUGUCGACAUGACGGACGGAGGUGCUCUACUCGUGUUCCCUGAGGAGUGCAUGACGUUCGUCAUUGCCCUUGCGGGCGUCUGUUACCUGAUGGCCUGCGUCUGUGGCCUCUGUGGCUUGAUAGGCACCGCGGCGCGCGUGGCUUUCAGCCCCGUUGGCGCCCAGAGGCGCGUGGCCCGGUUCGUCUUGCUGACCGCCGCGAGUCUGGCGCUCUCGUUCGCGAGCACGGUCCGUCUCCUGGUCUAUUCUGGCAUCCACGAAGUGGAGUAUUCGUUCGCGCAGUGGGCCUCGGCCGCCGACGCACUGUUCGAGUGCCUCACGGUGGCGCUCUUUUCUGGGCUGGCUGGGCCGACGUCCCUGCAGGUCCUGGCGCGGGACGCCUUUUCGGCCAUCAAUUCCUACAGCGACGACCAGCUCCAGGCGUUUUAUGAGAAGUACCUCGAGUACUUGGACGAGGCUCGUGUCAAGUGGGUGCGGUGCGGCUACCUGCGGGCCCUGGCCGCGGCCGGCAGCGCCAUGCCGCGGUGCCAGGAGGUGCCGGCCGACCACGCCGUCGUCGGCAGCAGCGGCUUUUCACUCGUCCGAGACGGGCAGAAGCACAGGUUCGUGCUCUCGCACCCGUGGCUGUCGAGAGAGCAUCCCGACCCCACGGGGGUGAAGGUGAGGCUGCUCGUUGACCAGCUCGAUCGGCUUGGGGCGGACGACGCCGACGCGGUGUUCAUCGACUACAUGAGCCUGCCCCAGAACGAUAAGCAGAACACGGAGCUGCAGAGGCUCGAAGUGGAGCAGGGGAUGCCCAAGCCUGGCAUGCACCCUGCCGUCCGCACGGAGGCGGAGGAGGCGCAGUUCAAGCAGGCUCUCUCGGCCAUGGAGCUGAUCUACAGCAUUGGGAAGACGCCAGUCAUUGUGUUGCCCAUGGACGGCGCUGUCGAGAGGGGCAGGGAGUACAUCUCCAGGGGCUGGUGUUUUCUCGAGUUCUGCCUUGCCAUGAGCUUCGACAAUAUCGCGAAUGCCGAGAUCCACGAGCCUGCAAGGCGUCUUGUUGACGAUGUCAAAAGGCUGGACGGCCACACAGUCGAUGGCUUCCGCGAGGCUUUCAAGAGCAAGCAUUUCACCAACAAUGGCGAUGCUGACGUCGUCCUCGGUCUCUUCGAGAACACGCUGAAUCUGGCAUCUGUCUAGCACCAGGGUAAUUGUGCGAACGCUCGGGACAAUGCCGCAGGAACUGUAUCAACCGGAUGGCGAAAUUCAAACUGCAGCCAGGGGAGCCGUUCAGGCAGACUGCAUCGAGACAAUCUCACAAGACGAGGACAGGUAAAGUAGAGCAGUGAUCGAAAUAACGCUUUGAUUUUACCAUGUUCUGGUGGCACAUACUCAGAAUCAUCCUCCUCCUCAUCACCAUC